ACAUUUUUAUUCCUUGUGCUUCUGGUAUAAUACAGUGUUGCUUGGGGACGGGUGGGGGGUUGCCGUUGUCUGAUAAGAGCACUUACUAGCAGUGUUGGCAUGAAGGGGGGGUUGGUGAUGAAGAUUAACGAAGGCCUUGGAGCUCACAUUUAUGAACCCCCCCUUCGAAGCUCUGAAGGGGUUUAGAAAAUCCAUAAAAAUAUGCUACCAUAGCUGAAUCAAGACUGGGAUGUUAUACAACCAAAAUGAAAGGGUUUAAAGAGAAAAAGGGAAAAUGGAGAAAACUAAUUCAGAAUAUAUCUUUCAGUUGCCCUCAACACUUCUGCCUGCAUGCCUUCAUCAAUACUAUCACCUUCAGAAAACGCUGAUAUUGCCGAAAAAAGGGAAAAACAUCAAGAAAGUCAGCCUUGGCGAACCCCCCCUUCAGAGGUCAUUUGGUAAGCCCCCCUUCGAACCCCCCCUUGAUCCCGCCAAGGCCUUCGUCGCAACAUUGCUUACCGGUACUGGUAGGGUAAUGACUUAGUCACGUUUGGUCACUCAGAUUCAAGGAAAAAAAACUAGAUUCUGGUAUGGUUCCGGUAAGCAACCGACAGGCUCCAACGACAGAGCCUCACAAUCACCUCUCCUCCAUUUGAUAAUAACGACGAUAACGACCGCGAUAGGGCUUCACAAAUCGGGUAUUGGAUUAGUUGCUCAUCAGGCCAAUAUCCCAUUUUUAUAAUGGCGCCGAACAAACGCCAGCGAAGAAUAGCUGAUUCAAUUGCCCAGAAUCCACCCGCUCCUCCCACCCAUUCGCGGAUUCUUGCGCCUUUCAGGGUAUGCUUCACUCUUCGUCUGCAGUGCUCUGGGCAGGGGGAAAAGGGAUUCUCUUACUGAUGGUUGGUCACUGUAGGCAAUUGGCCACAUAACGUCUACUUCUGCGCCCCCAACACCGUUUUCUAUCUUGCCGCUGGGAAAGACAUUCCAGCUUACGACUGUCCUCUCGAAUACCAUACAAACCUAUGACGUUCGGAGGUUGAACCUUGUAUUCGCCUCAUCGCCGCCUACUCCUGGGGAUAUCCGUCGAAUCGUUGCGCAUCGGGAUGUGGUGUAUGUCGCCUUUGAAGAUCCGCUCGUUAGAGUAUGGGUGUUUAAGAGGGGGAAAAAGAUCGCUGAAUUGGCCGUUGCGGGUGAAGGGAGGAAGAAGGUUGCCGAAUGGCGGGGCUUGGUGAUUUUCGGGGAUUGGAUUGUGGGCGUCUUGGAUUGGGGAAUGGUCGUCUGGAAGAGGGAGACUCGGGAGGUUUAUACUGAGAUUGAGAUGGAUAAUCGGGGCGAGGUUACCGCUGCGGUGCAUCCGAGCACGUAUUUGAAUAAAAUUGUAAUCGCGAGGGUGGGUGGGAUGCUUGAGAUUUGGAAUGUGAGGACUGGGUGCGAAUUGGUCCAUUUCCUCUAUCUUGCAUUGUACUUUGCUGAUGUCUUGUGAUUUGUAGUAAGAAGAUUUAUACCAUCCUGUCACCGGUAGCUUCCACGGGGGAAGAACCAUUAGAAAUUGGUUCUUUAGUACAGACCCCGGUUAUCUCUGUGCUUGCUAUCGGAUUUUCGACGGGCGAGGUUCAUCUUCAUAAUGUUCAAACCGAUAAACCCCUGUUCAUGCUAGGUGGUUCAGCUGGUGAUAUUCUUGCUGCUACUUCUCAUGGUCGGAAACGAGUUACGAGCAUCUCGUUCUGCACUGACCCGGUAGUCGGUGCGGGAGAUUCAAGAGUACCAACUGAUUCUGGUGGGAACAUGCUUGCAGUUGGGCACGACGAUGGCGAUAUCACACUGUGGAACUUGAAAAAACGUAGGAUUAUAGCGAUUAUGAGGAAUGCUCAUGAUGGGCCGUCCGGCGGGGGCGUUAUUGUUGAAUGGCUGGCGGGACAGAACGUCUUAGUUACGAGCGGUGGUGAUAAUAGUAUAAAGGUAUUUUCAGGUUCCUUUUUUUAUUAUUUUAUUUUCAUUUUGGUUCUACUUCAUAAUAUAACAAUGCUUAUGUUUGUGCUCAUCGAUUUUUUUCAGGAAUGGAUUUUCGAUUCCCCACAUACUGCGCUUCCCCGUUUAUUACGCUUCCGGUCUGGGCACUCUAAACCCAUAACUUCUCUAGUGUUCCUGAACCCUUCCGCUUCUCACUUUCUCCUCUCUGGUUCCCUUGAUUCUACGCUCCGAGCUCAUUCCAUGAGAAAUGAUGCCCAGUCGUUUAUUUUCUCUGAAAAGGCCGGAGGUAAGGAAUCGAGCAAACUUUUAAGGGGUGGCGGAAAGAGCACACAUUGGGCGGGUGGGGAGCCUUCGGCAUCGAAUCCAGUAACCUGUAUAGCGACUGUAGCAGGUGAAGACGGUGCUGGAAUUGCGGGAAACGCGGCCCGGGACCUGGCAGGAAUAAUAACGGGUCAUCGGGGCUCUGAAUCCGGGAGACUUUGGAGCUUUGAGAACAAGUCGUUAGGAGGGCGCUGGGCUCAGACAACUGAUGGUGGACUCGUCUGGAGCGUAGCUGUGUCAUCUUGCGGGACUUUCUGUUUUGUGGGUUCUAGCAAUGGUGGAAUAGCAAUGUACAAUAUCCAGAGCGGGAUCAAAAGGCGUCAAUUCCCUGAGCCGGUAACAGCCGCGGCGGCGAAGGGUCUUAGAAAUAGCACCGGGCCGGCGAAGCUGUGCAUGGCUGGUGUUGGGAAACAUAUGAAGGCGGUUACGGGAAUCUCCAUUGACUCUCUAAACCGGGUCGUGAUUAGCACAUCACUAGAUGGAAAAGUCAAGUUCUGGGACUUCAAUACCGGGAUUAUCAUCCAUGAAAUCAACUGGAGUAACUCUGGUGCGAUUACUAAAGCCAAAUUACACCGGCACUCUGAUCUCCUCGCGGUUUCCUGCGAUGAUCUCUGCAUUCGGGUGGUGGAUGUUGAAACCCGUAAGACUGUGAGAGAACUUUGGGGUGCGCGAGGAAGGAUAACCGACUUUUGUUUUUCGAACGAUGGAAGAUGGAUCUUUGGCGCUUCGACUGAUAGCGUUGUCAGAGUUUGGGACUUGCCAACCGGGCAUAUGAUUGAUGGUAUUAGAACCAGAAGUAUUGUUACUGCUAUGGCGUUUGCUGGAACUGGUGAAUUCCUGGCAACAGCUCAUGUGGAUAGCGUUGGGAUAAACUUAUGGUAAGGGUUAUUUUCCCGCACAUGUCUGUGAUGAAGCUAACUGCUGACGCUGAAAUAGGACAAAUAGAACCUUGUUCAGACAUGUUCCGACCAGGCAUCUUGAUGAAAAGGACAUAGUGGAUAUGACAGCUCCGUCCGCCUCUGGAGAAGGCGGUGUCAGCGUCGUCGAAGCUGCAUUUAAUCCCCAGGACGAUGGAGAGGAUGACAGCACCGGUACAUACACCACAGUAGACCAACUGAGCAGCAACAUGUUGACAAUGUCGCUCGUUCCAAAGACAAGAUGGCAGACAUUACUUAACCUCGACGUUAUCAAGGUGGAUUUCUCCUUCCCUCCCUAUAGCUUCUGGACAAAUGAACAAAGCUAACCUUCCCUUGCAGCAACGGAACAAACCAAGAGAAGCUCCCAAAGCUCCUGAAAAAGCCCCCUUUUUCCUCCCCCCGCUUGGUGCAGAAUCUGAUUCAUUCGCGCCAGCUGCCAAGGAAGUAAUCAAUAGCUCUAGCGGCGCCCAAUUAACUGACCCCCAAUCCCUCGAAGCUGAGCGAUCCCGAGUCCUCCGCAUGAGUCGGAACAGCGGUGAAUCCACCUUCACCAAACUCCUCCGCGAAGCGGCAGACCGCGAGGAUAGAGACUAUACCAUCUUCCUCACCCACCUAAAAACGCUCUCGCCUUCGGCAGCGGAUCUAGAAAUAAGGAGCUUGCAAGUAAACGAGUUGGCACCUUUCGUGCAGGCUAUGACGCAGCGGCUGAGGAGCCGGAGGGACUACGAGCUCGUGCAGACAUGGGUUAACGUGUUCCUCAAGUGCCAUUCCGAGGCUGUGAUGGAAGGGGAGAGCGUCAGGGAUGAAUUGAGGAAGUGGAUGGUCGAGCAGAAAAGGGAGGCGGAUAGAUUGGCGGAAUUGGUGGGGUAUUGUUCUGGGGUUGCGGGAUUUUUGAGGAGUGGGAGGUGACCGUUAAUAUUUUUGAUGGUAUGAUUGUGGAAAAGUUCGUUCUUGCUAUUUUUUUUUGUAUCAUAUGUGUUGGGGUGGUUUUUGCGCGGAGGUGAGGAGGCGGUUGAUAGUAUUAUGUUGUAGAUCUUGGUGGCCUCGAAGUAAAAAUUUUAGAUUCUA